AUGGCGGACGAGACGGAUCAGACGGACGAAUGGCUUGAUUUUUCUUCGUCUUGUUUUGAAAACCAGGAAACGCUUUUCGAGGCGAAGGAUGAGGAAACACAAGAUCCUGAAGAAGACCUAAAGCAUGAAAUAAACGGCUUUAGCAAGCUUGAAGAUAUCCAUGAACUAUUGAAGCAAUCACUACCAGACACCUCCGUCACAACACAUGUGCGUCAGAAAACAAGUUCUUCCCAAUGCACUUCAGAUAUUUCGGCUCUAAACGAGUCAUGUAAACAUUGGAUUUGGGUCGAGUUAAUUUCCAAAUUAAACGCAGUUCGCCAGCCAAAAUGGAUGGGUUCCUGUUUAGAGGAGUGCUUUUGUCGUUCUCUACAGGUCUCGAAAGAUUUAAAUGAAAAAGAACAGCCACAAAUAGAAUCUGAUCAUUCUUGCAAAGACUUCUUUAAUUUCCACAAGAUUUAUCAACUAAUAAGAGAUGACAGUAUACAGUCCGUUGAACUCACUGACACUGUGAAGGAAGAGUUGACAAAAUCGUUAGAUGAUAAUUUUGAGGAUAUUGAUGCCGAGUUAGAAUGGUCAGAUAACGAUGUGAAGGACAAUACCUCGUUAAGCAAUGCAUCUUUGUCAUCCUCGGGAAUAAAUGAGAACGAGGCGACUGCAGAGCUGGUUUGCCUUCCAUAUAAAGAGGUUCUCCAUCUCCGGGAUGAACUGAGAGACUACACAAAACAAUAUUCGGAUAUUCUUGUAGUGGAACUGGAGAACCGGGAUGCCUACAUAAGAGAAAAAGAACUAAAAAAUGACUUUAUAUCAAGCUUUUUAUCAGUUCAAGAAAAACUAAGAGAAGUUAAUUCAACAACGAGCAAAAAGAAGUUUUCUUUACAAUCUAGCAAGCAAAACAACCCCCCAAAUAGCCAGAGCUUAACAACAAUACCAUAUGAAAUUAAGAAUGGUGGUCCAAGUAUUGAUAUUUUGGAGAAACUCAUUGAAAUUAUGGAGGCAAUGAAGACAAAUAGUCCUAAUGUCCCAACACUUCUAACAAAUUAUAUUCUCAAUGUAUUGUGCAAAUAA